AUGAAUAACGGGUGGGCGCAAACCGCCUCGGAGGCGAUCCCAGACCCACAGACGCUUUUAAAUUACCGAUGCGCUUCAAAUCUUUCGACGCAACAAGCGAACGCGGUUUUAUCGCCGAAUCCCUCCUUCGUGAGAGUUCUGGCCGGUCCUGGGAGCGGAAAGACGCACGUUUUAGUCUCUCGAGUGCAACAUUUAAUCGAAGACGAGAACGUCUCGCCGGAGAAUAUUUUGUGCAUCACGUUUACGAACAAAGCGGCGAAGGAGUUGAGGAAUCGUUUGGAGAGAACGAUGGGCGCGGAUGUGAGUCGAGCGAUUACCGCGGGGACGUUUCACGCCGUCGCGGCGAGGAUUUUGAGGAAACACGUGGAAAAGGUACACGAAGCGUUAGAGAGAACCGCCGAUUUUACGAUUUACGACAGCGACGAUAGCAAAGCGGUGGUGAGAGAUAUUUUAGUGGAAAAGUUAGGGCAAACGAAAAAGUCAGCCGCGCCGUUGCCGAUGAAGAAUUUUAUUAGCAGCGCGAAGAGUUCGAUGAAAACGAGCGUAAACGUAAACGCGAGAACGGCGAUGGAUUCCGCGUUGAGAAUGAAAGCGAGAGGAGGGAGUAGUAAUAGUGAUGUCGAUGACGACGAUAGAAGAAGAAAAUCGUCGUCGUCGUCGUCGUCGUCGUCUUCGUCUUCGUUAUCGUCCUCCUCCGCGGGUAUCGCGUUACUUCGCGAACAGUUUGAUAUCGUCUGGUCGGAAUACGAACAAAAGUUGAGAGAGGCGAACUCGUUCGAUUUCGACGAUUUGCUCUCGGCGGUUGUUUAUUUGUUCGAAAAUAGACGAGACGCGAAACGAUACUUACAAAACCGGUGGUCGCACGUGCUCGUGGAUGAGUUUCAGGACACGUCUUUGGCACAAUACGAGAUGAUUCGACAUUUAGGUGAGAAAGCAGAGACACUCUUCGUCGUCGGCGACGCCGACCAAGCCAUUUACGGGUGGCGAGGCGCCGAGGUGGCGAACAUCCGUUCGAGAUUUGACGACGAUUUUAGAAACGCGCAAACGUUUCGUUUGACGACAAAUUAUAGGUCUACGGCAACAAUCGUGUCUGCCGCGAGAGCAGUCAUUCAACAAUCGGAAAUACCGAGUGCGUUGAUGUCUUGGGAUGCGAUUAAGGAAGGCGGACAAGACGUGGCGGUGGUGGAAGCCGGCGACGAAAGAGAGGAAGGCGCGUUUAUUGCCACUCAAGUGAAACAGAUGUUAAAAGACGCGGAAAAGAAGACGAAUAGUAGUAGCACAGGAGGCAGUAGUAAUGGUAAUAGAGACGAUAGCUUAGAAGGAUUAAGGAAGAAAGAUAUUGCGGUUUUGUAUCGCACGAACACGCAAGCUCGCGCGUUGGAGGAAGCGUUUGUACGAGCGGGCGUGCCGCACGUCGUCGUCGGCGACCAAAGUUUUUACGGACGUAAAGAGAUUAAAGAUUUGAUCGCAUACUUGCGAGUUGCAUCAAAUUCCAGCGAUGGGGUGAGUUUGCGACGAGUUAUCAACACGCCAACUCGAGGCAUCGGGGAAAAAACGGUAGAGAAACUCGAGGAAUGGGUGAGUCGAUGCGAAGCGCCGUCGCUCGGCGCGGCGUUGUUUGAUCGCGCGUGGGCAAAGAAUAGCGACAGCGACGACCCAGACCAUGAGAUUCUACCGUCUGCAAAAGAUAUGGGAAUAACUGCGCGCGCGCGCAACUCUGUCCUCGCAUUCGCGAAAACACUCAUAGAAAUUCGGAAGACGGCGGAUACGGUGAGCAAUCCCGGCGAGGUACUCAAGAAAGUCGUCGCGAUGACGGAUUACGAAAACCACGUGAAGGAUAAAGACGACGCGAACGAACGAUGGGGUCACGUCGCCGAACUCAUUCAGCUCGCCACGGACGCGGAAGAAAACCUGGCUGAAAACGAUAUCGAAGGUGGUGGUGGUACAAAUACUACGAGUAAAAGUCCCAAGACGACUUUAGCGGCGUUCUUGGAAGGCGUCUCUUUACUCUCCUCCUCCGAAGCGACGCACGGUAACGAAAUGUUCGACGACGAGGAAGACGAAUCGAGAAAAGAACGCGCAGAUGCCGUUAAAUUAAUGACUCUGCACGCCUCGAAAGGUGCUGAAUUUGAUGUCGUAUUUAUCGCCGGAUGUGAAGACGGAUUAACGCCAAGCGCUCGAGCGAAUGAAAGCGCCGAAGAACGCGACGAGGAAGUCCGCUUGUUUUACGUCGGCGUCACGCGAGCGAAAAAGAAGCUGUACCUGUGCCACGCGAGCACUCGCAGACGAUUCGGGAGCAAGCCAGAAGUCCGCACUCGCUCUCCGUUCGUCGAUGCCAUCGCAGAUGCCUUGGGCCAGUCCGGAAAUUCCAACAUUUUGAAACCGAAAGUGCCGAAAUCCGCGAAACCGGCGAGGAAAAACACGUCUACGUUUGAUUGGAAAAAACGUAUCGUUGUAGAUGCAGAAGAGAGUGCCAGUGGUGGUGGUGCUGGUGGUCACGGAGACGACGAAAAAGCACGUCGACUCCGUCGUGCUCGCCAAUCGGUCGCUAAAGCAACCGGAAUAGAUGCAAAUUCCAUUGAGUUUUAA